UCAAGGCACAGUCAGUUACAGCCACAUCUCACCUCAUCUCGCAUCUCAUAUCUGAAGCCGCGAUAACAUAACACGCACGACAAAAGCAACUGGCGGUACAAGAUGAAGACCAUCGUCUUAGCAGCGUUUGUAGGGGUUGUGGCGGUAUCAGCGAUGCCUGAGAGCAGCUACCAUCAGCCCAAGCAUGUCUACAAACACCCAGCUAAGCCGUACAACUUCGCGUACGGAGUGAACGACCCUUACCAGGGCAUCGACUUCGGCCAGCACGAGGAAAGCGACGGAAAGCAAGUUCAAGGCUCGUACACCGUGCAGCUGCCUGACGGACGCAAGCAGAUCGUGAAGUACAUUGCUGACCACGACCGCGGGUUCCACGCGGACGUGCAUUAUGAAGGCAAAGCUCAGUAUCCUCCCAAAUCAGAAUACCCUCCCUUCAUCGUGCCCCCUCACAAGGGGUACUCAGAGCCCCACCAUGAACCAGUCUACAAGCCUCCCGUGCACCAACCAGUCUACGCACCACCCCACCAGCCCUCCUACCACUGACGCCCCAAAUAUCAAUACUCCAGUAAACUCGCUUAACGAUAACGGAAAUUUAUUUAUGAAUAAAAUUUGUUAUUAGUCA